AUGGCUUCUUGGAUGUGCAAGGCCACCCUACCUUUUCUGAGUGUGUUCCUGAUUCUCUGGAGCCAGAUGCCAGAGGUCCAGGGACAAGAAUUCCGAUUUGGGCCUUGCCGAGUGCAGGAAGCAGAGGUGCGGGAACUGAGGAAGGCCUUCUGGACCUUGAAGGACACUGUGCAAGCUCAGGAUCACAACACAAAUGUCCGACUGCUGAGGAAGGAGAUUCUACAGAAUGUAUCGGACGCUGAAAGCUGCUACUUCAUCCACUCUCUGCUGAAGUUUUACCUGAAGACUGUUCUCAAAAACUUCUAUAGUAAGGCAGCUGAACUCAGGAUCCUGCCAUCAUUUUCUGCUCUCACUAACAACAUUAUGAUCCUCGCUAUGAAACUGCAGCGCAGUGAGGGAGGUGAGAAGUUCUCCAACACUGAGAAUGCACAAAGCCAGUUUCUGCAGUUCCGAAAGGCAUUUAAACAGAUGGACAGAGAGGCGGCUCUGAUCAAAGCUGUCGGAGAGUUUGACAUUCUCUUGACCUGGAUGGAGAAAUUCUACCAACACUGA